CUUUGACUUUCUCUCUUCCAACUUUGGCACCUACUCGAUGUAUGCAAGGCGCAAAGCAGGCUACUCCAGCCUCAAGAACAGCUGCUCAACCAGAAUGGUGGAAUUCCCUUCUAUCAAGCUGUCCAAACUUCACGCUUCAAGCACCACUUGAAACCUUGCGCCAUGUCCACCCUCUCUCAGAGGGGGCAGACGCAUUCUACGCUCGACUCGACGUCUUCCUGACGGCGUUGGAAGGGGCAUGCGAUGAGCUGUGCGGCCAUGUCAAAGAGACAGAAGAACAACUCACAUCAUCGCUCGUUGCCGUCCUGCUCUGCGGCAUCGUCCUACAGCUGUCCUACCUCAAUGCACAUGCCAAGUCGGACGCGCAGCCCUUUCGAGCAGCGCUUGAGGAGGUUCGCACCCGAUUGCAAGAGACGCAAGGCACCCGUUACGAGAACCUCGAUGAGGGACUGGCUCUCCUCCUAGGCGAUCAAGGCAGGCCUCUCGGCAAUCUGCUCAAAGCGUCUGCGCUGCGUUACUUGCAGCUCCCUUCUGACACGCAGCUGGACUGGGACAGGGACAUACAUGCUGCGACGAUUCCCUCUACGGCACCCACAUUGGACAAACACCUCACUGCCGCGGCAGAGCGGGUCCUCACGCUUGCACAGUCCCGAGCCACUCUCGACGCAUUGGCCCAGAUCUCAUCGUCAAUGGCACUGCAAGGUCUCAUGCCGGAGAGGACGGUCCUCAUAGCAACGCACAACCCUCACGUAGCGGAACGGCUGGUCGUCCUGCUUACCCAUGGCUCAUGCGACGUUGUCCCACACCUUGAAGCGCUUGGCCAGUCCCUGCCAGCCAACACGGUCCGAUCCUUCGACCUCUUGCUGCGCCUGGAUCAGCAAUCCGCUUCGACCUCUUCGCCAUCAUUACGGCUACUCCUGUGGCAACAUCUACUCCCAACCUACUUCUCACAAUGUUUUGCGGCGGCGCAGAAGGACGACGAGGAGCUCUGCGCACAGGAUGAGGGGAUGCCGCCUAUCGCAAGUGGCGCACGAGUUCAUGAAGCCACUUCGCGCACGUUGAGGAGGCUGCAGAGCUUCGUCAAGGGGACUCGCCUCCUCGAGCUCGCGCAAGACGAUGACGAUCGCUCAGGCUGGGCUGCGGAGCACCUGAACCUCUCUUCCCCGAGCGACAAGAAGGAAGCUCAAAGACAGGUCGAGACGGUUCGCCAGGCAGCCUCGGCCGUUUCGGUGGAGCUACACAGCCUGUCGCUUUCACUUGUGAGAUAUCGAGAAGCGAGCGAGAUGUUGCGGGCGAUAGUGGCGAUGGAGAGCUCAUCGCCGAGAUCAAGCGGUGGAGACGGGAGGAGAGUGGGGUAGUCAGAAGCUUGCGUUUGGACCGUAUCGCGUUCUAUGUCUCGAAUAUACAUAGAAAGCUGAGGAGAGCUCCAGGAGAGAUGAUGACCCAAUCAUCGAUAUAUGAAUGCUAUAGUAUCCAGGACGUAGUGAGGGAUCGAAU